UAAAUGAGUCAUUUGCUCAUUAUGUAUGAAUGAACUGCAUGUGUGAGUUGUAACAAAUAUCCAACCACUGAGUGACGGGUUCUGCUGCAUUCCCCUGCAAGUGUCCGUGUGGAAACUUACAGUGAGCUCUGUACAACUGUGUGCAGCACAGAGCUGAUAACAGGUUCCUCUUUAGCCAAUAGGAAAGGGGGAAAAAAUCAGAUAAUAUCGACUUGUGAAGAAAAGAAUGACCCAAAGAUUAGAAGCAUAAUAAUCGUGUUACUGAUCACAUGUCACUGAACUGUGUCGCACGAAAAAACCUGUCUGUAUCUAAAGUCACAGGAAUGAGCAUGAAGCAGCGGUGGUGGUGGGGAACAGGUCUACCCGGUCUGAUCCUCAGCACCUUCUACUGAUGACACACCUGCUGGCCUGGGAGGAGCUGAAACAGGUGAACGCUCCUUACCUGAGCAGAGACGUCAGCAGAGCCGAGGAGCUGAGGACGGGGAGAGGAGAGGAGAGAGAGAGAGUGAGAAGAAACACACUGGGAAUCAGGUUACGGUCUCUCAAGAUGUCAAAGAAAAAGGAAACCAGCCCAGUGAAGCUCAACAAGAGCCAGGCCAGUGACCUGGCAACAGUGAUUUCUCGCAUGCAGAAAAAUGCAGACCAAGUAGAGAAGAACAUCCUGCACGCCGAGGAGCUGCUGAGUUUGGAUACCGAUCGUAGUGGGAAGAAUCAGAGACUGCUGCACCAGAAGGAGAAUGCUGACAACCUGGCAGAGGCUGAGGCUCUGCUGAAGGAUCUCUUCAUGGAUGCAAACAAGGCCAAGAAGCUGCAUCACCCACAAGCUGAAGAGAUAGAGAAAGAUGUGCACAACCUCCACGACCGCUGGGCCAAGGACUGUGGUGUCUACAGAGAGCUGUAUGACCAGGUCCAGGCCAUGGGCCAGCUUCCAAAGUUUGAAUGGGGUGCUGUGCUGGAUCAAAAACUGAAACAGAUAAGGACUGAGAAUUAUGGCCCCCACCUUUCUGAUGUGGAGAAGCAGAUUGCAGCUCAUAAUAUUCUGCACCAGGAGAUUGAGGCCUAUCAUUCUCAGCUGCAGCCCGACACCGUCGCCUCACAGGAGCAGUAUGCUGCCCUCAAAGAUAAAUAUGCUAAACUACUGGAGGACUCCCAGAGGAGGCACAGCCACCUGGCCUCCCUGUACGACUACAUGCAAAGCUGCAAUAAGGAGUUGGGCUACCUAUCGGGACAGCAGGACAGGAUCCUGCAGAGGGACUGGAGUGACCGCAUGGUCGACCCUCCGGGGGUCCGCAUGGAGUAUGAGAAAUUCAAAAAUAACGGAUUGCUGGCCCAUGAGAAGGAGAUCAUCCAGCUACAGGAGGAAGGAGACCAACUCAUUAAUGCCAAACAUCCUGGGAGUGCAACAAUAAAGUUUCACAAAGAUACAGUGCAGACUGAGUGGCAACGCUUCCUCAACCUGUGUCUGGCUCAGGAGACUCACCUGAACAAUGUCGAGGACUACAAGAAGUUUCAGCUUGAGGCGGAGACUCUGGCUGACUCCCUGGACCGACUCAACUCCACCGUCGACCCAAAGACUUUGGCCAACAAGAACAACUCUGAAAUCCAGUUACUGGUGGAGGGCGAUGAACCAGCACUCAAGAGGAAUGAGCAGCGUCUGGAAAAUCUUCAGGACCUCAGCAGCCACAUUGUGCCUCUGAAACUACGCCGACUCCCACCCAGCAAGCCCACCACGGUGGUGUCGCUGUGUGACUGGGCAGAGAAAGAGAACUCAGUGAUUCGUGGUGAGAAGCUGAUCCUGAAGUCCAACUCUGACCGAAAGAACUGGGAGCUUCAGAACAGCAGCGGGAAGGUGAUGACCCUUCCAGGGACUUGUUUCAUGAUCCCACCGCCUGAUGGGGAAGGCCUGGAGAAGAUCGAUAGUCUGACCAAAGAACUGGCGAACCUGAAGAACCGCAGAGCUGCAAUUACAGCCCAGAAAAAUUCCAGCAUGGAAGAGGUUCGGCCUCAAAAAGCAGCUCCUGUAGCCCGCACUCCGGAGGAUCCUAAAGCUGCAGAGCUAGCAAGUCGGCUAGACGCCGUCCAGAAAGCCUUGGAUCAGAGUGAGCAAGAGAUCCUGAGCCGCGUCAGGGCCCCCCUGGACAACCGCAACCCCACAAAAGACCUAGACACAAGACUGCGAGAGCAAGAGAAAGCUGCUCUGACCGUCAGGAAACUGGAGGCUGAGAAGUCAGCAAUCCAGAGAGAGAUGGAGCCCAUUCUGGCCAAGAAGCCACUGGGUCCAACCGCUUCCUCACUGCCCCUCAAACUCAGCACUGCCAACAGUACCAUCGAGCACCUCAACAACCUCAUUGAUCUUUACAACAAAAAAGCUACAGCGUCCAUGUUUUUGGAGAAGCAGAUAAAAAAUGUGGACGACAUUGUCUCUGGAUUUGAGGAGCAGCUUGUUAAAGACGGCGCCAUUCCUGACAACCCAAAUGUGCUCCAAACCCGCAACCAGCAGCUGCAGACGAUGCGUAAGAAUGUUGCCUCAAAGAAGGAUGAGCUGAACAAAUUAAGCGGAGACCUGAAGGUGACAGAACAGGCGUGCAGCUCCCUGCAGCAGUGUUUCAAUGAGUACUGUCCCAACAUCCAGCGGCAGGAGACACAGGUGCACCAGCUGAAGAACCGGUACAUGAAUGUCAACAAUCAGGUGCAGGAAAGGUCUACUCUUAUACAGAAAGCAACCAAUAAAAACCAAGAUUUUGAGAACGCAGCCCAGUCGCUGGAUUUUUUCUUGGUGAAUUUGCCAAAUAAUAAGAUGAAACCAACCGACAACAUGGCAGAAAUAACAACGAAGCUGAACUCUCAACAGAGGGUGAUGGAAGACAUCAAAAGGAAAUCAGAUGCCAUAGAACGUGUCAAAGGUCUUUCUCAUGAGUUGCAGAGCAUCUUAAAUGAAUAUGAGGCUAAGUCAAACAGUUACCGUGCCACUAUAAACGACGACGACAACAACGAUGAUGAUGAUGAUGAUGAUGAAGCACCACUGCCGAAGAAGCGCUCAUCUAUAACUAAGGCUAAAGCUGUACAGGAACAGGAGAAAGACCUAAUUAACCGUUUCACUGAGGUGUCUGCAGAGAACAACCAGCUUCUCAAGCAGCUGGGGAUGGCAAAGCACAUCACAGCCAGGAAUGAUGACAGAGUUAGUCAAGUCAUCACAAACCAACAGCUGCAACUACAGAGCGAGAAGAAGACCCUGGAGGAAAGUGACAAUCUGAAGAAAGAACUAAAUGAGGAGACUGCAAGACGGGCGCAUGCUGAGAGCGACCUAGAAACCUACAGAAAGAGGUUCAUGUCUCUCAAGAACAGGAAAGGUGUGGAGCGCUUGGAGGAGACAGAAGUGAUUCAGUACUACCGUGACCCAAAACUGGAGGUGGAAUUGGAGUCCUUCAGAAGUAGGAUCCAAAAUGAGGCGAUAAAGAGGUCAAGAACUCAAGCUGAAUUAGAGAUUAUAAAUGAAAAGAUUGUAAAACUAGAAAUACAGCUCAGCAAAAUUGAACCUAAAUUGGUGACCAAAGUACUGACUGAAUAUGAAAAAGAUCCGCAGCUUGACAAAGAAGCAGCAAAGAUCAGAGAAGAGAUGACCAGGUUAAAACAGGAAGUCCAAAGUCGAGAUACUCAGACUACUCAUGUGAAAACUGAGAUCACACUUCUGGCGCAAAAGAAGCCAAACAUCAGGGAAAAGGUGGUUCAGAAGGAAGUGGUGAGGAUUGAAAAAGAUCCAGAGAUGCUGAAGAAGAUCCUUACCUUCCAGACGAAUAUUGCAGAGGAGCAGUCCCAUUGCCAGACACUCAACAACACUAUUUUUAGCAUAAGGAGCAAGAUAAACAUUCUUGAGACAGUAAUUCCCUCGAUUCAACCCAAGGUUGUCACCAAGGUAGUGAAGCAAGUGCAGCAAGAUCCAGAAUUACUUGAAGAGUCAAAGAAUAUCCGCAUGUCCUUAGAAGAAGAGAAGGAUGAGAAUGUUAUCUUGAUGAAGGACUUGACUACACUUCAGCUCCGCUAUGGUGAGCUUGAAAAACUCAGACCUAAAGUGGAGAUCAAGGAGAUCGUCAAUGAGAUUUACAGAAUUGAUCCAGACACCGAAGUGGAGCUGGUGCGACUGAAGAAAGAGCUGCAGGAUACAAACCGAAAUCGUGUAGAAUUAGAAAAACAAACCAAAACCAUUUUAGAAACCCUGACCACGUUGCGGGCUCAGAAACCCAAAAUAGAGUACAAAGAGGUGAAGCAGGAAGUGAUCAAAGAAGAGAAAAGCCCAGAGAUCAUCAGGGAAUUGCAGAGGCUGAACACCCAAGUUUCCCACCUACAAGUCAACUAUGAUAGCAUCCUGGAGCUGCUUACACGCUUACGCAAAGAGAGAGAUGAGUUGAAAGCUGAAAAAUCCAAGGUGGAGACAAAACUAGUAAAUAAAGAGGUCAUCAAAUAUGAGAAUGACCCUCUGCUCGAGAAGGAGGUUGACAGACUGAGAAAGAAUGCGAGAGAAGAGAUUCAACAACGUCGCAGUGUGGAGGAAUGUCUCUUUGAGCUUCAAAACCAAUACAUCAUCCUAGAACGGCAGAAACCGCAACAGAAGAUUGUAACACAAGAAGUGGUACGUCUUCAUAAAGACCCUAAGCAGAUCUUGGAACAUGAGAAGUUGAACAAGACGUUGGACGAUGAAGUCAAAGGCCGCAGAAAGCUUGAAUUAGAGGUGGCACAGUAUCGAGCCCUGGUUAAAGAAAAGCAGGAUGACCUCACCAAAUUGGAUGAACGUCAGAAGAAGAUUCAAAUAGAGGCCGAGCUCAGGCAGAUCAAAGCUCGCAUCCAUGAGCUGGAAAAUGCCCCAGCACCUGUUGAGGAAAAGAUCAUCAUUGAGGAGGUCCUCCACGUGGAGAGAGACCCCAAGCUGGAAAAGCUAAUCCAGGACAUACGUAUUGAACUGGAAAAGGAGAGCAACAACAUCAGUCGCCUGCAAAGAGAAAUUCGCAACCUGCAGAUGAAAUUGGAAAUUUUGCAGAAGGAGAAGUCGAGUGAAAAAGUUGUGUAUAGGGAAGUUGUUCGUGUUGAGAAGGAUCCGGCAACUGAGGCUGAAAGGGAACAUAUGAGAGAGAUAGUUACACAAGCGAGAAAUCUCAGGAGAGACCUGGAAGAUACAAUUCAGAACCUCAAUAUCAAAAUUACUCAUCUGCUGACGUCUACGUCUGUGACUUCCCAGGAGGAGACCAUUUUAGUUACCAACAGAAAUGCUCUCCAGAAAGACAAGGAUGAGCUCAUGAAACAACUCAGAAUGCUGGAGUCUGAAAGACAGAAGAUUAGUAUAACCUUCCAGCAGCAGUCUAAGAUGAUGAGUGAGAGAAACCAUGUGGCCCGGCAGAGGAGUCUCAAGAUUACCUCUGAAAUACAACGUUUGGAAAAAGAGAUUCUGAAUGAAAAAGAUAAAAUCCGUCAAAAAGAAUCUCUGAUCAUUGAGCUCCAGAGUAACAUUAUGAAGGAGGACCAGACUGAAACACACACCAGAGAGACAAAUCUCUCCACUAAGAUCACCAUCCUGGAUCCAGAGACUGGCAAGGACUUGUCUCCCUAUGAAGCAUACAUGCAAGGGUUAAUUGACCGCAACCAGUACAUUAAAUUGCAAGAGUUGGAGUGUGACUGGGAGGAAAUCACUUCAUCAGGCCCAGAUGGGGAUAUAACAGUUCUACAGGAUUGUAAGAGUGGGAGACAAUACUCUGUCAAGGAUGCUGUGAGGGAUGGUCGCUUGACCGAAGCUGACCUGGUUCGCUACAGAGAUGGAAGAAUGCCCAUUUCUGAAUUUGCACUUCUUGUGGCAGGCGAAACCAAAAAGCCUUAUGUUCCUCCAUUAGCAUCUCCACGCACACCUACCCUACCCAUGCCUACAUCCCCACUGAACAGCAUGCCAUCACCACUGAGAUCCUCCUACACCAGCCUCAACACUCACACUCAACAUACUACCGUUGCAAGCAAUGUCAGUACACCAGGCGAUGAGUAUUUCCCCAUUUCUGGUAUUUUCGACACUACCACUGAAAGCCGCAUGUCCGUAAGAAGUGCUCUGACACGCAAACUCAUUGAUACCGACACAGCUUUGAAGCUUUUGGAGGCGCAGGCAGCUUCUGGUGGAAUUGUUGAUCUUAACAAAAAGGACAAACUGUCUGUUCACAAGGCAGGUGAAUAUGGCCUGAUUGACUCAAGCCAGAUGUACAAGCUUCUGAAUGCACAGAAGGCCUUCACUGGAGUGGAAGACCUUGUAACAAAGGACCGCCUUGCAGUGGUACCAGCAGCGCAGAAAGGGUACAUGCCACAAGAAAAUGCCAAGAGGUAUUUGGAAGCACAGUACUUGACUGGAGGCCUUGUAGAUCCAAAUAAAGCAGGCCGUCUCAGCAUCAAAGAAGCUAUUGAUGCCAAACUCAUUGAUGAGAAAAUGGCUAAAGCACUGGAGGAUGAGUCAUCCCACACUAAAGAGUUAGUAGAUCCCAUGACUAAAGAGAAGAUAUCAUAUAAACAGGCGAUGGAUCGUUGUCAGAGGGACACCAGUACAGGCCUGCUGCUGCUCCCUGCAGCCUCUACUGAUUCCACAAAUACCCCGUCAUAUUCCAGCUUUCGAUUCACAUCCACUACAAGGAAAUACUAGAAGUGCAGUUUCAUAUGAAGAACAUUUUAUAUAUAUAUAUCAAGUUGCAAGUGCUAUAGGGUAUGACGCUCUUGAGGUGACAUUUAUAGAAAAAUGUAAGUAUUUUUAGCCACAACAUCCUUAUUGCAUUCUCACAAGUGUUUAAUGCCUGGUCACAAGAUCCUGAUUUAUAAUCACAAGUUCUUACGCAUGCCUACGUGAUCCUAAUUGUAUGGCCACAACUUUUUAAUAUGUGGUCAUGGAACCUUUGUUGUAUAGCUGCAAAUUUUUAAUAAGCAGAUACAAGAGCCUUAUAGUUUUGCCCAAAGUUUGUUAAUACGUACAUGACCAUGGGAUUCUUAUUGCAUGACCACGAGUUAAUGAUGCAUGGCCAAAACUGGACAAAAGUUUUAAUGCAUGGCCACAGGAUCCCACUUGUAUGGCCACAAGAGUCUUAUAACGUGGCCACAAGUUUUUAGUACGUGGUCACAGAAUCUGCAUUGCACAGCCACAAGUUUUUAAUAUGUGGCAAUGAGAUUCUUAUUGGCAUUACAUGCCCAUGGUUGAAGAAAGCCUGGCCAGGAUGUGCUUACUGAAUGUCCACAAGUUUCUAAUGUGUGGCCACAAAGUCCUAAUUUUCUGGUCACAACGUCUUAAUGCCGUGCCACAGAAUCUUGUUUCUAUACAUAAAUAACCAAUUAAAUUUUUCAUUAAUUCCACCACCCAGGCUGUGUGAGGAGAUAUAUGUCAUAAUUGAUGAAAAAAAAAGAGUAAGAAAUGGAGGUGUGGUGUGCACAUACAGUUUUGAAAACACUGAAACUCCAGAUUGCCUUCACACUGCUGCCUGUUCUUUUUUGAUGCUAUUUGUGGAUGUUCUGUUCAACACAAAUCAGAAAUGUUUGUAUUAUAAUGAUUUAUUUCAGUAUAUUACAUUUUGAAGUGCUGAUUAAAUUCUAUGAGAUUUG